AUGUCCACAAAUCCAAGUCCCGCGGACUCAAAGGUCCUGUCCACCGGGCCAUUGGAAAACAAAGACGCCCGCUGGGCCAGACUUGUUCUGACUACCUACAAAGACCCGCUUGGUAAAGAGCGAACAUGGGAGUCAGCAGAACGCUCGACUCGGCCCAAGAACUCAUCAAUAGACGGCGUUGGUAUUGUAGCGAUCCUCCAAAAGCCUGAAGGCCCGGAGAUCGUUCUACAAAAGCAGUUCCGACCUCCCAUUAACAAAGUCGUCAUUGAGGUGCCGGCCGGUCUAGUUGAUGAAAAUGAGUCAGCAGCCGUAAGCGCGGUCAGAGAGUUGAGGGAGGAGACUGGCUACGUGGGGACGGUGAGCGGACAAGAUGAUUGGCAGGUUGGUCCAAUCAUGUUCAAUGAUCCUGGCUUCUGCAACACAAAUCUUAACAUGGUACACGUCAGUGUCGAUAUGUCCCUCAAUGAGAACCAAAACCUAAAGCCGGAGCUGGAAGAGAAUGAAUUUAUUGAAGUUUUCACUGUUCCAUUAAAGCAUCUCUAUGCUGCAUGCAGACGUUUAGAGGCAAAAGGCUAUGCGAUAGAUGCUCGAGUGGGGACCUUGGCAGAGGGAAUUGAAUUAAGUAGACGCUGGAAACUUUUUGGGUGA